AAGCGGGGCGUGUGCAAGGACAGAUGGCAGGGCGUCUCUCCCGGGCCGUGUCGCAUGCACUAUCAGUUUCGCUCGGAUGUUCGUAACACGAGUUUUAUCGCGCAGCUCGACGACGGUCGCGCUCGUCAAAGGCAGACCCGAGGAUAGGCUAGCGGCCUCCGUCGCCUCCGUCGUUUCUCGUCGUCGUGCACGUCCCUCGAAUCGCGGAAAUUAGAUCACCGUCGAACCGACGAACGAACGAACGUUUUCGCCGUCUCGAAUUGGUUAGGAGAGCACAGAGAAUCGCCGUCGGGGCUUCGAACGAUGAGAUCGCUGAUCGUUCGAUUUGCAUAAUAGAACGGUUAAGAAGAAGAAGAAGAAGAAGAAGAAGCAGCAGCAGAAGAAGCAGAAGAAGAAGAGAAGGAAGAAGUGAAGGAGGAGAGGAGACGAGUUCGGAUUUUUCUACUAUUUUACCUAUAUCUCUCUCUCUCUCUCCCCCCGUUUCGUUCUGGUGUCGUUAUCUCAGUUUUUCCCAGUUUCCCCACGUCACUUUGUUCGUUCCUUCCUCUGUUCUUUCCUCUCUCUCUCACACUCUCUCUCCUAGUAGUCUGCCAUCUCGUGCUUUUCUUUUCCGUCGCUUUUGUUUCGUAAGAGGAGAGUCCGAUCGAAUGGGAACGCGUUCGUGUUGUCUGGUGAAUUAACCAGUAAGAAAGGAGGGGUUGAUACGCACGUUUUCCAGCGGGAAAGAUGAGAAGAGCGUGUUGUUGGACGGACCGCCGAGCCGGAGAAGAAUCGUGGACGAUUUCUAUGCAUGCCAGCACGUAAAUCAACCCCGAAACCAACGGAACAUAAUGGCGACAUCGAGCGAAAAACCCAAGGAAAAUCGGAUGCUAUCGAUUCGCCCGAUAGUUUCACCCUGCGAUUUUAAUUCCGCGCCUCUGUGCCGGGACCCGAUAUAGAAGAAUCCUCUCUCUCUCUCAUCCUUUUCCGUUAUUCUCCCUCCCUCUCUCUCUUCCUCUCUCUCUCUCGCUCUCUCUUCUGUCUUCGGUCUCUGUCUCUCUCUCUCUCUGCCCGGCUUCUGGAUUAUUGCGCCAUGCCAGGAGAAGAUUAACGAACCGCGGGGAAGGGAUAAUUCGCAAACAACCGUCGAGUGAAAGUCGUGCGGAGGACCGACGACGCGAAAAUCCUCAUUGUCGUGGAAAAACCACCGGUGUGGGAGGGUGAGACGUAGAGAGUGGUGCGUUCUUCGAAACCCGCGACGGUACUACAUCCGCACGAAACUACACAGGAUCUAUAACACGCGUACACGCUCGCGAACACUCGUAUAUAAAUAUAUAACAACCGCGCGAAGACAAGCAAGCAAGCAAGCAAGCAAGCUCCACAUCUAAAUAUAUAUACAUAUAUAUAUCGAAACGACAUCGUGGACCGACUAUGAGAAAGAGAAACAAAAAAUGAAGGGUGUACUCUUUACCCUGUGCCUAUUGUUUUCGGUGCAAGGCCUGGCACGGGGCACCACCGAUCACGGAAUGUACGAGAACCACGCGCUGCUGGAGCCGCUCGACCGUGGACCAUUCUUCGACGUGACGGCCUCUCACAAUGUCACCGCGCUGGUGGGCAAAACGGCCACCCUGAACUGCCGGGUCCGGAAUCUCGGGGAUCGCACGGUAUCCUGGGUGAGGCACCGGGACAUCCACCUGCUGACGGUGGGCGUCGAGACGUACACCUCCGACCAGAGAUUCGUGGCGACGCAUUUCCCCCAGACCGAGGAUUGGACGCUCCAAGUGAAAUACCCGCAGCGCCGCGACUCCGGCACCUACGAGUGUCAAGUGUCAACGACACCGCCGAUCGGUCAUUCCAUGCAUCUCUCGGUUGUCGAACCGGUGACGUCGAUCGUCGGCGAGCCAGAGAUGUUCAUAAACAGGGGCAGCACGAUGAAUCUCACCUGCGUGGUUCGUCACAGCCCGGAACCGCCGACGGCGAUCUACUGGACCCACGAUCGCAAGGUGAUCAACUACGACAGUCCCCGGGGCGGCGUGUCCGUGAUCACGGAGAAGGGCGAAGUUACAACCUCGUAUCUCCUGGUGCAGCGUGCUCAGCCUGCAGAUAGCGGCCAAUAUACCUGCCAUCCUAGUAAUGCUAAUACAAAGACUGUCUUGGUGCACGUACUUAACGGGGAGCAUCCGGCGGCCAUGCAGCACGGCGGUCAACUCAGGCUGGCCAAUCUGCCGUUCGUGAUGAUCUCGACGACCCUGCUGGCUUUCCUGAAUCAUCGUUAUUGAACGCCCGAGCUCGCCGGGAUCGCGAGAGUACGUUCAUUUUCAGCAGAGCUCAACGGGACGAGAAGAAGUGCGGUAGAUCGGAGAAGAGCGCGAUAGAGAGAGAGAGAGAGAGAGAGAGAGAAGGAGCGAGAGAGAGAGAGAGGAAGAGAGAAGGAUAUUGCGAGAGGAGAGCCGGAUAGAACGAGAUAGAGACGGACGAGCCGCUAAAAUUCAUUCGGCCGGGGAGAGCUAAGGUUAGCAGCAGACGUCGAGGCGAUCCAGGGAUCAAGGGGAGAGGACGACGGUCUUUCUCUCGAGACGUGGAAACGAGAUUUUUGUUCGGGACCGUUGUUUCGCGGAUCGAGACAAUUCCUGGCGACCGUGCGCGGAGGAAAAACCGUACGGAAAAAGCCUCGGCCACGGGAAACCGCGCGCGGGUUUCACGACUGCCGUCGUGAAUUCGCCGGCCGGGGACACGACGUUCGCCGACGUUCGUCGCGGCGCGCCGCUGCGGCAGGAAUAGCGCCGGUGAAAAAUGAAACGUUAAAGUGAUCUCCUCGCUGCGUUCUCCGGUUGAAGAAGUAAAACGGUAAAAAUGAUGUAGGGAACGGGAUCGUUUGCGGCACCGCGGAACCGUAUGAGAAAGGAACGGCGGAAUUGGACCAGACUGCGGCACGAGCUUGUGCUGAAUGUAUCAUAAGAAAUGUAGUCCGUUGUAACGAAUAAAAUAAGAGAUAACGAUG